AUGUGCCCCAUGGCGACCAUUAUUAUUACCACAUUUACGACUCUGACUCGACGCUUGUCGUCGCUUCUAAUGUGCUUAAGGCGGCGUCAUCGCACUUGGCAUCAUCAUACAACGCUGGACAAAGAGCUGGGUUGGGGCAAGGGAAGAGAAGCUUGUGUGGCUCAUGUGACAUUCACGAAUCUGAAGUGCAAUGCCACAGACAGGAAUAUUGGCGAGUUUGACUAUUGUUAUAUCAAGGCUGUGAAUCGUACUCACAAAUACGUCAGUGUGUACUUUAAACUCUAUCAAAGGCCCUUAUCUAAUAUUACGCUUAACAUUAAGGUCUUUCGCAAGAGUAAUGGAUAUCAACCAUUUAUUCCUACUAUCAACAUUGAUCUUUGCAAGUUUCUGAUAAAUCAGAAACAUCCCUUCAUGAUAAUAUUCUACAAAAUUACGAAGCAGUACUCAAAUAUUAAUCACACAUGUCCUUAUAUUACCGACGUAUAUGUUGACAAGAUGUAUACGGGAAAUUUGGAAUCGGAUUUUAUGCGAUAUAUACCCAUACCUGAAGGGGACUAUCUGAUUCGCCUUGAAUUUCAAUACAACAAAGCGGAGUAUCUCAACAUUAGUCUAUACAGUAAAGUUUUGAAAUAAAUUGGACCCAGCGAUAC